AUGUCGAGUUCCUCGGAUACCGACCCCGGGACCCGGCGGGGCAAGAGGAACGAGGAUGGUGAUAACCCGCCUCCAGAGGGCGAAACGGGCCCGGACGGGGAACCAAGGGAGCCGAAACAGGAAGCACCAGCGCCACCGGUUGCGAAAAAGCCGUCGAAAAGGCUAAAGAUGAGCAGCGAUAAGUUUCUCACCGUCAGAGACCACGCCCAAAGGGCACUCAUGAACUUCUACAAGGAGAUCGACGCACUGCAGCUAGUAAAAGUGUCGAGAACGUACGUGGAAAAGUUAGACGAGCCGGUGUUUGUGUCGCUGCUUCUUCCUUACUUGAAGGCGACAAACGAGGGGCUGAUGGACGAAAGGUAUCAAUUUUUCGACAGAAGCGAGUAAUCAUAAACAACGCAACUGCACGUGCGAUUUUUUUAUGUAGAUGGAAUGCGCCUCUACACCACUCAAAUCCAACUAUUGUCGUUUGAAUUUCCACUGUAGUAAGCUGAAGAUCUACCACGAAAGUUUGGUUCAAGGGUAUAACGAGGCGAACAAAAAAAUCCACAGCGCCUUUCCCACGCCGAGCGAGAGGGAGUUCGUCCUGCGUUUUGCGUGUCAUCAGCUGUUCGAUUCCGUCAGCUUAGACGGCACCCUGUCCUGGGAUUCACUGCUGGAAUUCAUCAUUCAUUGGAGCGACGGAUUAAUCGAGAGAGAGAACUACGCGAAAUUUUUCCUGACGCCGAAUCUGAUGUGCCUGGAGAAGCCCAGCGCCAUCGACGGCGGGUUUCAAACGGCCUACUGUGUGGAAAACAUACCAAGAUACGGCGGAAAAUGCGUCAUUCUACUCGAAGCCGGGCUGGAAGAGUCUGUGCAGGGCGGACAGGUUUUGCGCUUCGUCGACCCAAUGACGGGGAAGUUGCGAGGGACGUUGAAGGUAUCAAUGAAAGAGGCAUUUUUAAUCGCAUGAGGUUCAGGAGGACGCACGAGGAACCCGCACCCGCUCCAGGUGGAUUGAGAUUAAACAGUGUUCCUACUAGUCGUCUUUCGAAUUGUUCGGUGAGGAUUUAAGAUUUUCAAAUUUGAUCAACACUCUUCACCGAAAGGUGCCCGUACCCCGCGCCCCCAUCCUUGUGCAGAAGGAGGAGGACCCGGGUCCGACACGAGAAGUGUUAUCCGUGCAGUACCUCCCCUACACAAACGUGCUGCUCACGGCCAGCAACGCCAAGUUUUUGAUGUGUUGGGACGUCGACACCAACCGACCCUGCAAGAAGAUUUUUCUUCACGACCAGAAGGAGGGUGCGCAGCUAUUGACCUUCUCCCACCUCCACUACAGUGAGGAGGAAAAGAGCGUGUUUCUGAUCGAAUUCGAGCAGGGCCGAGUUUACCGCUGGUAUUUGCAAAACGUGAAGUGGAGAGCAUACAACGAAGAUGUGUGGGAUAUCUACAUCAAAGACGACCCGAGAAUAGUUCCCCUGACCAACGGGCACGGGAAACCCGUCCUGUGCUGCGUGGUACCACCCUGGAGGAUUCUUUGUGUUUGAAAUAAUACGUGAUACAUGGUAUCAACAUGACGAGGCAAGAAAAAACGUAUACGUGUUGACAUGAGGCUACUUCCUCGAUGUUGAUCUUCAUUCGAAAUUUAUCCGUGAUUCAAAAAACAAAACUAUCAGAUGCUGACCGGCAAGCGCAUGCUUGCCACGGGUUGUGUGGACGGCAGUAUCAUUCUCUGGGACACGAUUUCCAACGCGAAAAAGCAGCACCUCUCGCAAACCAAUGGGCACAGUCUGGGUGUGAAGAGUUUAACUUUCUCCCCGGAGAAGCAAUUGCUAAUCUCUGCCGGCUACGACAGUCGGGUGAUCAUCUGGGACCCCCACGCGGGAACGAAAAUCUCCACGCUUUGCGAAGCUGGGUGCUCCAUCGUCGACAUUUGCUAUCCAAGAAAAAAACUGUGUUAGUGUAACUUUAUUUGGCUGACAGCAUCACAAAUAUGCUCUACAUGACAGAGAAAACCUGUCAUGCGUGGCUUGUAAGGGAAAAUACACAUGAAAAAAGAACUUCAUGGUUGUGUGGCAUGACAGGUGUAACUCUGUUGCAUGUUUUACAUUACAGAGUUACACUUACACAGUUUUUUUCUUGCAUAUUUGCCUGUUAGGCUUCAACAACUACGUCUGCGCUUUCGACAACGAAAGCACCUGCAAAAUCUACGAUUUGAACACGUAAGUCCUGUAUUUGAGUUUGUUUUGUUUUAUUCAAGUAAGUAGUUCAACUUCAUCAAGCAUAAGCAAAAGUGACGAGGACGCGCACCACUUCAGGAUGCUGCUGCAACUAUUUGCUUCGACAUUUUUUCAAUUUUUUUAUUCAGUAAAUUCAAGAAAAAAACCGCAGCCUUGAGCAGUUCCAAGUUUUUGUCGCGGACGGCGUUGGGAAAAACACGAAGGGCAAGUCCGACCUGGCUCUCGGCCCGAUCAAGUGCAUGUGCAAAAUCUCCGAGAACAGAAUAAUGUUUGCGGGGAGCCGAGUUUUGUUCUGGGAUAGCACGCCCGAGGAUCCGUUAGUCACGAGCGAGAACCCGAUUCCGUGCUUUGCGUAUUUACCCUAUCCCAACCAAGAACUGGCUCUGCCCGUAAAGACCGACAUCGUGGUGUGGGACGUGUUUCGGGGAAUACCAAAGCGCACGUUGGUCAAGGUACAACUCCUGUUGAUCUUCGCAGAAGACACUGCUGAUGUGACAAGAAGGUGAAAAAGAUGAGGCUGGUUAAUGGUGCAUGACGAUUCUGAAAUGAAAUGUUGAGUGUGUCAAGAAAACCACCAUAAAAUAAUGAUGCAACGUGGUGAAAAAUGAAAUCCGCACGUACUUUCCACAUCCAGGUUUGCUCCAACCCGGUGACAGCCCUCUCUUCCGCGAGUGAGGGAAAACGCUUCCUGGUCGGGUCAGAACGCGGGGAGGUCGGAGUGUUUCUCACGAACAGCUGCGGAAUGCGAUUGAAGUCCCUGGCCGCCCACCAGACGGAAAUCGUUGCGGUCGAAGCGCUGAACGACGUGAAGAGGAUAGUUUCGCUCUGUGCGUUUAAGGUGAUCCACGUCCACGACGACACGCACGACCGGAAGACGACGUUGCUGAAGAAAAUCGAAAUGAAUAAUUGUUCCUUUCUCAAGCUGUCGGGCAUUCCGCACGGGAACGUGAUUGCGUGUCCCGUGCAGGAGGGCUACGUUGUGUGGUGGAGCGUCGCACCGAUCAAGUACGAAGCGGGUGAGCCGCCGGCGAACCACGAGGACUUGGAUGCAAACGAGAAGCCGCACAACAGUCCCGUGAUCGGGUGCGCGUUCCUGGAGUCGCAUCCCCUGCUGCUCACGUUAGACUCGGAGGGCGUCAUCGUUUUUUGGGGGUACAGAAAACCUCUGCCCAUGUACUCUGUCCACUGGAAGAGCAACCUGGAGAAACACUUCGAGGAUAACAUGGGCGCGCUCAACACGAUAUCAAAUGCAAAAGUGUCUGGGUCUGGAAUGUUGCCGGGUUUGUCAUGCAUAUUUUGCAUGACCCAAAAUGUCUGCAAUGCAUGACCUAGCAUCACAGAUUUUUAGAGGGCUUCCUGAUGCCUAACCCGCAUGACAAAUGCCCUCCCCACGUAGCACAAACUAGACUCCUCUUGCUGAUCAUGCAAUGCAGGAAUUUUUUAGAGUCCAGAGUUAGCAUCACAAUCUCCAACUCUUCCAGACCCAGACAUUUUUGCAAUCCAUACACGACACUGAACACGCCGAUAAAGAACCUCGGCGGCAUAUCCUGUGCAAAAACAUCCCCACACCCCAGAGUUGUCAUGCAAAUGUGCAAUGACAGAAAGAUUUGUAAUGCGCUCUAGCAUGCGAGGCAUUUCCAGUCGUGUUUGGGAAUUUGUAAUGCUGUAAACAGGACGAGAAAAUGGCUUUGUCAUGCGGCUUUCCUUGCCAGCCAGUACUACACUGCAGAUCGAAACUUGUCAUGCAGAACCCCAAAAACUUGGGGAUUUGUGUUGCAGACUUCCCAUAUUGACUAUGGUGUGGGGACAUUUUUACAUAGGAUACGGCACCUCCGCGUCCAGCACAUUGACCGGAGCCGCGACGGCGGACGGAACCGGCGCUGUCCCGCCACCGGCGUCCACGCCGGGAGGCAGCAGCGGCCGAGAAACGAGCGGCUUCCUGUCACCGGAGAAACAAGCCCUAGAGGACGAAGGGCCGCCGCCAAUAACCAGCUGGGCGCAAUUGGGUACUUCUACCGAGUAAACUUUGUUUGUCAACAGCAUAUGGUCUUCUUUUAUUUUUCAAGGCACGACGAGCAGAUGAAGUUGAAGUUUUUUUCUUGUUCGUCUUGCCCUGUCUCUGCUAUGUCUCGUCAUGGGCUAUGGCUAAGUAUGCUGUGUGAAGAUCUGCACUUCCGUGCUCAUUGGAUCCGAUAUUAACCAGGGGGCGUAACCUCCAUGGCGUUCGACCGCACUCACAAUCUGUUCUACGUGGGCACUGACAGCGGGAGCGUGAGCAAAUGGUCCAUCACCGAACUGCUGAAGCAGGUGGAGCGGUCCAUCCGGCAACGGGAAAGAAAAGCGUCCAACUCUUCAAGUUCGAAUCCCAGUUCCGGGAUGCAGUUCCGGCGCAACAGCCAGAUCAGCAGCAAGAAGGAGAAGGAAGUGAAAUUGCACCUGAACUGGCUGGUCUCUAACGCGUUCGGUAACGUGCAGACCAAGGGGCCGGUCGACUUGCUGCAGUACGGAAAGGACAACUUGCUCUUCGCCAGCAACAUUUUGCAGCAAACGGUCUACCUGCUCGACGCCAGCAAUGGCACGAUCGUCGGGAAACUGCAGAAGAAGCUUUUGCUAUGGAACUACCCCGUGGAAACUGGGUUCCCGCACUUCCACCAAAUGAUUGCCAGCGGCGCCGGGAGUGGAGCGAAUUCUUUGCAAACAACACUGGAAGGAGCUGCAAGUGGGGCGAAUUUCACAAGUGGAACUACGGCAAAUAACAUCACGGCGACAACGGUCAACGAAGGAGGAGGACCUGCAGGAGCAGUGGACAAGGACGCGGCUCUUGUGGUCUGCACCACCUCCGCGGAGCAGCUCCUGAAGAUAGAAACGGACAAGAUCAACAAAACCCUGUCCAUAUGCUCUGCAAAAGUAUCGUACUCGUAAGUACUAAUUGCAAUCAUGCAUGACAAAUCUUGUUUCUUAGCCAAAUCAGCAUUACAAACUCCAUUUUUCCUUCUGAAAAAACUUGUAUUGCGAUUUGUACUAGUGCGAUGCUUUUUCGCAGGAUAGUCCAUCCGGGAGAUGGUGGAGAUGCCCGAGACGGACGCCGACGUGGAACACAAAGCCACGGAUAUCAAGAAGAAAAAUCCCCCUCCCCACAUCAAAACGGAAAUCUGUGAUGCAGAUUUGUGGUCACAAAUCAGCUUUGUCAUGCUAGAAGGAAAGACGUGCGGAGUGUAGUGCUGGCUGGCGUGGGAAAGCGUUGCGCCUUCAGCAUGACAGAGAGCAACUGGAAGUGGGAAACAGCAUGACAAAUUGCCUACAAACGAGGCCACAACUGCGGCUCUUGGCCCUCUGGCAUAGCAAGUCGAUUUGUGUACUCAAAUACGGCAUGACAAGUUUCGUUUUCGAUAUGGGGAGGGGGAUUUUUUCCUCUUGAUAACGGAACUGCAGGACCCAGAGCUGAUGAUGAAGCAGGAGAAGAAGCAGACCGCGAUAGAGGGCUCCUGGCGCGAGGAGCUGCGAAGAAAGAAGAAGUUCAGCGACAAGGUUCCGUCCAUGUGCUCGCCGGAACGAAUCCUGCAGGCCAGCCAGAACCGCAGCGUCCGACUGUCGCGCCACAGCGUGUUUUCCGACUCGAGUGAGUACCUCGGGUCCAUGAGCGAUGCCUCCAACUGGAAGCCGCCGUUGAAAUCGGGGCUAAAGCGCGGAAAACGCUUUGAAGACAGCGUGCAGUCCAGCGGCGACCGGUUGGCAGAAGCACUGGACAAGAUCGGAGCGGUGAACAUUGCUGAAAACUUCAGGAGUACGAGGUUUUAGCGUACAUAUUACAAGGCGGCGCUGCAGUUGUGGGCUCGCAAGACCGGGCUGCAAAGAAGAAUUAUCCUAUGUUUUAGUCGAGACGUCCUCGAAACAACGAAUCCUGUAAAAUCAUUUUCGUUUUCGUUUCACUUGAAAUAGUCAUGUCACUAUCGCUAUCGACGCUUCGUCCCAUUACAGAAAUGACAUCUUCAAGCAUCAAAACAACUUCGAACUUGUUUUCGUUUUCGCUUUGACAAAAGAUUGCGCGAGAGAGCUAGAAUGUAUCUGCUUAUUUGUAUGAUUCACAAAAACGCAAGCACCACAACGGUGGCAGACAGGAAAUGCAGCACGGUCUUUUUUCGAAAAGCUCACGU